AUGAAGCCAGGUUCACGUUGUUUCGUGCGCUCGAUGUCCAUGCAAAAUGGGCUACCGGCGUGGACGGACUGGGUGGAAGGAGAAGUAGAGCGCGAGGUCGUUUUGCGAUUACCAGUCGGCGUUGACGUACAGAGGUACACCGUUCGUGUAGGUACAGUGACCAAUCAAUACAUACCAUAUCUUGGCGAAAUUCAAGUGCCCGGUUAUAAACCAACCAGUCUGGAUAUCUUUGGCCACAUAGAGAGGUGGUCGUUAUUGAAGGGCGUCUUUGCAGGCCCGUUUGUGGUCUAUGGUUUGCGCACUUAUCUUCCUUGUUACUACUUGGGCGAAGGUCAUUUGAGUGCGAUCACGUACUCUGUCUACGUUGAUAGCGGCGGACCUGUGGGAUAUCGCGACACUGUACAAGAAGUGACGGAACUGCAUCCGUAUAAUGCGGACACAAAGGUAGUACUAGAGGAGGGAGGUGCGAUUGUUUGGAAUCCAACGACUUGA